GUGAGGGUGAGAACGUACCGAGCUCACGCGUGAGAUGAGAGCAGUACGGGCUGGCGUUUAUAAAAGCGUUCCAUCGUCGCACUAUCGGCUCAGUCGCUGUGCGAAUCUUCAGCUGGUCUGAGAGAUUAAACGGUUAAGUGGACACGGUGCGGAAAGUGAAAGACGCGGUGCAUUCUUAAGGCACUCUCAUGUGUAGCAAUCAUAUGUGCUAGAGCCUGAUUGGGGUAGUGAAAUUAACAGUGCGUUGAGAUGUGGAAAAGCAAUCGAAAUGAACGGUUAAAAAGGAAAACUUAAUGUGUUGCUAUAAAAGAAAAGUGUAUGCAAUUGUGCUAUAAAACUGUGCUACUAAUUUACUAAAACAUAACAGAGCGCGCGCCUGUGUAAACCUUGUGCAUUUAAAGUAGAAAACACUAAGUUCCGUCUGCAGCUGGUCUGAGCGGAUCGGUGUGCUGUGUGUGUGCGUGUGUGUGUGUUGUGCGUUUUGUGGCGAAGAUUAACGAAAAUGCACUUCGGAUUAGCGGAUGCAUCUGUGUGGCUAAUGUUGAUCGCGGUGCGAUUACAGCUCUGCACCUGCUCCAAGUACACCUGUACGAUCAGUUCGGAUGGGUUCUGCAUCUUCCAGGGCGUACACAUCGAAAGUCCGGAGCAGGCGGCGAACGUGCAGCUGGAACCGCCGGCCGGUGCGGCGACCGAUGUGACGCGCGUCAAGUUCCGCGACUCGAGCAUGUUCAUGCUGCCCGCCGGCCUUUACAGUGCGUUCCGCCAGCUGCAGGAGCUGCGCGUCUGGUGGAUGCACCUGCACAGUAUUCACAUCGAUCCACGGCUACUAUCGCUAGACGCGGAGAAGAACCGUAUCAGCAGCAUUACGACCGAUCCGGGUACCGUACCGCUGCUGCGCAAGCUCGAACUCAACCAGAACCGGCUGCGCAACAUCGACAACAUUUCGGUGUUUGAAAAUCUGGAAAUCCUCGAGCUCGCCCACAACGAUCUCCGUACGCUCGAUCUAUGCGUGUUCCAGCGGAUGUCCAAGCUGCGGCUGCUGGACCUCUCGAGCAACAAUCUGGCGCUGGUGCGCAGUUCCAUCGGGCCGGAGAAGCUUACCUCACUGACAGUAUUAUAUCUGAACGAUAACCGGCUAACCUACCUGGAUCUGAGCGUGUUACGAUCGUUCCCGGCACUGGAAAAGGUACACCUAGCCAACAAUGCACUCGUCUACGUCGACCAUGACUCGCUGCCGACAAUGCUCCCCCGGCUAAGGGUAUUCCAUCUCCAGAGCAACGAUUGGCACUGUGAAGCACUAACGGAGCUGGUCGGACAGCUACGCAAGACCGGUGUGCAGGACUUUAAAACAUUCAGUGCGUUCACCUGCAAAGAGCGCAUGGUGGAAGGUGUAUGCUGUACCGAAAACAAACCCUUUUCGCUAGUGCGCAAAUCCAACCAGUAUCUCGCCAACUACGCCACCGAACUCAACGGACACACGCGUCAUCUGAUGCGUGAGUUACAGCACACGCGUCACGAGGUGGCACGGCUGAUCGCGAACGACAACUACACGCAGGUUUCGCUCCAAAACAUUGGUGACGAGGUGGAGGAGCUGCGCAAUCAGCUGACGGAUGCGCUGGCCGCACCAGACCCUGUGACGGGUCGUCCUGUUAAGCCUACCACCGCAAGCCGCCCCCCUGCCGGUGGGUCGGUAAAUCCCGAGCGGCUUGUAGCGGAGGUGGCAAAGUUACGGCGCGACUUCCAGAAGAUGGCCGGCGAGAAUCAAACGCUACGCCAGCAGCUGCGGCAGUACGAUAAGCUGCGCCAGGAGCUGGAAGCGCUGCGAACGGACACUACCGAGACGAAGCUAUCGUUUCAGCUGGUGAAGGAAGAGAACGCGCUGCUGCGGCAGGAUCUUCGCCAGCUGGAGCAGAAGCUGCAGCAGCUGUUUAGCCGUGGUGCGGUACCGGUCUGACGGCUUGUACCUGUGCCGGUUCGUGUGGAAUUGAUCUGAGCGCACGCGUUCAACGAUGCGUACGCCAUUUAUCUCUCACAUUAUUCUCUCUACUAGUGCGCUUACGGCUCAUCUCCCUUCCUCUCUGUAUCUGCCCCCCCUGGUGCUCGCCAGAAACACACACACUCAUAAAGGCUGGAAUGAGUCAGUGUAGGUGAGCGAGAGCAACACACGCGGGGAGUACUGAGCGAGAGAGCGAGAGAGCUUUUGAUCAUUAAUCGAAAUCGUAGCAGUCCGUGACAGGUGCGUAACGCACCGUUAAGUGGAGCUGCUACUACCGUACACUAUCUUUACUAAUCGCGUAGGACAAAGCGUAGCAAUCGGCUCUAGUGUCACUGUCCGAAUCGUACCAAAGAUCACUCACUCUAUUUUAGUAUAUCGUUAGCUAUGAUCUUCAGCGGAUAAAAGCAAAGCAGAAAAAAAGAAAAAAAGAAAAAAGAUUUAAGGAGGUUAUUCGAGUGAAUGCUGCAUAACUAGCUGUAUAACUGUCAUCCGUACAUCCGUGUUUGUAUAUGUCGGCAUGUGUAGUAGAAAUCAACCGCUGUUUCUUAAGAAAGUAACCGUGGGAACUAAACGAGCUCAAAUACGCUACCUCAAGCAAAGUCGCAGUGAAAAGGAAAAAAAAAGCCAAAAGGAAAACACACAAAUCCCUGCUCUCCUUGCUUAGACUAUACUGGAAGGUUUUAUUUGUUUUCGUUUCACCCUGAUCGCUCCUGAUGCGAACCGCGUGUCAUAAAACGAAAACAAUGCAACUAAGCGUCCCCCUGCUAGACGUCACUUUCGUUGCGUCACUUUCACGCCAUCCUGCGGCUCACGUGAUAGAGGUGUGAUGGUGUGAGAGUGAAAGAGAGAGAGAGAGAGGUCAGGCAAAGAAAAAGCUGCAAGUCAGCCUCGGAUCAGAUCGUGAGUCUACUAGCUGAUUGACAGGCAACAUCACCGACAUCAUCAUUGUUUGCAUUCAUCACUGUUGGCUGCCGAGGAGCUGCUCAAGCUUUCCGUUUCUAUUCUUCUCCUCCAUCAUGCUGUACAUCGACAGGUCGAUGCAGCUGUUCUAAAGCACUUAUUUAUUAAGACUUUUGCGGCAGGUUUAGUUAAGUUCCUCCCCCCACCUACCCCACCCCCCCUCAACCUGUUCUUGUAUGUAUAGUUUGGGAAGGCCACUAUCAAUGUAGCUAGAUGAUUACAUUUUUACUUAAACUCCCCGCACUAAGGCAGAAAGGGUUUUUGGGGUUUCUGGAAUUUCCUAAAAUAUUUAUUAAACAUUAGCAAGACAAGCCAAGAAAAAAAAAACUAAAAGACGCGGAACUACUCUCGGAAUCGUGUGGACUGAUGUACGCGCAUGACUCCUGAAUUGAAUGGCUCGAAUUAUGCGAAUGAACUGUUGCUGUAUUGCUUCAUAAUAUUACUACUGUACAAGCGAAAAAAAACAACCCCCCUAAAGCCUAACAAAGCCAGCGAACUUUCUCUGACAACGCGCUGCCAUCUGUAGAGUGUAUUGUAUUCGUGUAGCGUGUACUAGUGAAGUAAGCGAAGAAAACAACUUAAAGCUGCAAACGAAA